AUGGCCGAAAAUAUUCCGCCAGAAGAAUACAUUAAACAGCUUAAUCAUGCUUCUGAUACGAUAAAGAAUAAAAUUGACCAAUUUCAAGAAUUGGCGCAACCAAGAGUCAUGAUAAUAUGUGGGUCGGGCUUGGGAGGUAUUGCUGAUGUGUUACAAGCAGAACCUAAACUUGAAAUCCCAUACUCCAAAAUACCAGGGUUCAAAGUAUCCACAGUCCCUGGUCAUGCAGGAAAAUUAGUAUUUGGGCUAAUUGGUAAAAGUAAAGUACCGGUGAUGUGUAUGGUGGGUCGUUUACAUUUCUACGAAGGAUACAGUUUCCAAGAAACCACGUUUCCUGUUAGAGUCGCCAAAUUGUUAGGGAUUUCUAGUGUUGUUGUUACCAACGCUGCUGGUGGUGUUAACCCAAAGUUUAAGCCCGGUGAUUUGAUGGUUAUUGAAGACCACAUUAAUUUCCCGGGAUUGGCAGGUUACCAUCCCUUAAGAGGACCAAACUUGAGUGAAUUUGGACCUAGAUUUCAGCCUCUUUCUGAUGCAUACGAUUAUGAAUUACGGAAAUUGUUUAUAACCACUGCUAGAGAUAAAUUGGGCAUCACUAGAAGCAUUUAUGAGGGUACAUAUUUCUUUGCUGCUGGUCCCACUUUUGAAAGUAGAGCCGAAGUGAGAAUGAUUAAAACAAUGGGCGGAGAUGCAGUGGGGAUGUCAACUGUUCCAGAAGUAAUUGUUGCUCGCCACUCAGGGUUAAGGGUGCUUGCAUUAUCGUUAAUUACCAACGCUGGUGUUGGAGACAAACCACCAAGUGCUUUCGAUGAAAACCCUCCAGCCUUAGAUGAAGGAAUGGCAAGUCAUGCCGAGGUUUUGGAGGCUGCAGAUGAAGCUUCUAAAGAUGUUCAAAAAAUCAUAGAAGAAGUAAUUAAUCAAUUAUAA